GAGGAGAAAAACAGGACAAGAAGCUUGUCUGACAUUUCCGGGUCCCGUGACUUAUCAGGUGGUUGUUGUGUGGCAGCCAGAGAAGAAAAAGAAGGCGAAGAAGGAUCAGAACUAGAAAGUGUUACCAAGAGGGCGACUUGGCUCUCUCUGGCGGACGCCUCAGCCCAGUCCUCCUCUCAGCGCAGCUUUAUGACACAGAAAGCAAAAGUUGUUUCAUUACGUUCUCAGGAAAGCGUCUAGUCUCUCAGCAUGGCCGGAGGCUCGGUGUCCGAGUGUAAGGAGUACUUGUUCAAAGUGCUGGUGAUCGGUGAGUUAGGUGUGGGCAAAACGAGCAUCAUCAAACGGUACGUGCACCAGCUUUUCUCGCAGCAUUACCGGGCCACGAUCGGGGUCGACUUCGCCCUUAAAGUGAUCAACUGGGACAGCAAAACCCUGGUCAGGCUACAGCUGUGGGACAUCGCAGGUCAGGAACGAUUUGGAAAUAUGACACGGGUGUACUACAAAGAGGCCGUUGGAGCAUUCGUUGUGUUCGAUGUGACGAGGGGCGCCACGUUCGAAGCUGUGUCCAAGUGGAAGCAUGACCUGGACAGUAAGGUGAAGCUGGUCAAUGGCAACCCCAUCCCAGCAGUGCUGCUUGCCAAUAAAUGUGACCAGAAGAAAGACAACCUCAACAAUACAGCGUUAAUGGACAAUUUCUGCAAAGAGACUGGAUUCUUGGGCUGGUUUGAGACGUCAGCUAAGGACAACAUCAACGUGGAUGAGGCGGCCCAUUUCCUGGUGGAGAAUAUCUUGGCUAACGACAAAGGUUUACCGUACGAGGAAAGCAAUGGUGACCGGAUCAAGCUGGACCAGGAGACUGUAGCUGCUGAGAGCAAGUCAGGCUGCUGCUAACACUCAAUCCACUCACAUUAGCCGUCUGCCUCCCUCCCGUAGGGUCCAGUGAGUUCAACCUGCCUGUGGCCCCAGCUUGCUGACACAACCUCGCAGAGGAAUAAAAAUAUUUUUUGCGGUCUAUUCAACGCUCCAGGAAAUUUUCUCUGCACUGGUGCUGUCUUGAUCUGUGCAUCAACGGUUCUCAUUACAGUUUUAUUUAAUACCAGUUCAGUUACUUUCAGUGCAUUUACUGCUCUUUCCCAAGGUAUUUAGUAUUUUUUGUAGCUUUUCUGUGUACUCAUGCUCUACCAGCUGUUGCCCUGACACCAGCUAAAGUCUUGGACUCUACAACACAUGAAAAAGCUGCAAACUAAACAGAAAGUUGAUGAGAACUGGCUUGUUAAAACUAAUCUGUAGAUGUUUGACUGCCACUGUGAUGUGUUCUCUUUCUGUAUUUUAUUGUACUUCUGAUGCCUUUCUACAGUGUUUCUAGGUGAACGUUACAUUUUACAGUACACAGGUUGCUCUCAUGGUCAGCCUACUGUUAGCUAAUGACUCUCCUUUAAAUGCAUUAAUAGAAUGUUAUCACUCAUCAUGUCCUUUUUCUUCAUUUCUCCUUAUUCCUCUGAAGUGUUGUGCCAAUGCUGUUUUUAUUUGAAUGGAGUUCGGUACGUUUUUAUCCCUCACACAAUAUGAACACGCUUAUGGUGCAGUUAUGAUUGUGUCAAUCUCUGGCAUGUACUUUUAAAGUGUUUUGACACUGUGUAAAUCCUGAAUCAGACAGAGGACUUUUGUAUCUGUUAAAAUAUUGAUAAAAUGUAAAUACUGUUUUUAAACAUGUUCACUCAUGAGAAUACUUUAAAUCUUUAAGGCCAAAAUAGAAUAAACAUUUUAACAACG